AAGAUCUUCCCACUGCAGCAGAAGUGACCUAUUGGACAAGCUUAACCUCUGAUUUAACAGCCGUUUUCUUUGUGCCCAAAAUGAUAAUUAUUGAUAGUAUACACAGGUUAGAAAAAUGAAAUCUAUACAAAAACUCUUCACAGCAACUGUCGUAUUGGUAACAGUAACAGUUCUCUUAUGUACUGUCAUACAGAGGAGGAGAGGUAACCAAAAUAGCAGCUACUACGAUAUAAAUCGACAACACCAAUACAAAACUUAUAGCAUUAACAAGAAAACGGCGCAUAAAAGGGGCACUUCGGGAUAUUCCGUCGAUGAAAAAAUUAAUAAUGAUACUGUUAAUCGUGACAGAAAAUCUACAGAUGACACAGAAUCGAUAUUUAAUACCAGUUUGAGUAUCUACACUGCAUUAAAAAUGUUACCAGAUUGUCAUUUCCACCUUGUCUCGGAAGAAGAAGUUCAAAGGAUUAAACAACAAUUGAAGAUUAAAGAUACACCCCCUUAUUCUUACAAGAUAUAUUUACAUUUAAAUUUAACCAACCAUUCUGGUUGCAACAUUUCUCAUGAUUUACCCGACUUGCAACUGAUGGACAAGAAGCAAAUAGUUCUUGGUGAAUUGCCAAUUGAUUUUGAGUCGCUCACCUGGACCUUGUUUAAAAUUUAUUCAGCUGGAUUAAAUAUAUCUCUGAGCCCAAACUCAAUGCGUGAGCCGAAUACACGAACAUCAGAUAGGGAUGAACUCCUUUCAUUACUCUGGAGCGAAGUCCUGAAUAACAGUUCAGAUUUUUAUUUAUGCAAUAUAAAUGAUUCUUCGGAUUUUUGGCGCGAGUUUAUAUAUUGGACAACUACUGUUUGGCUGGGAUACGACUUGUCUUGCUCUUCAUUUGAAGGCGGAAAUAAUGGAAAUAUUAAUUUAACUAAAUCGAUAUCUUAUAUACCAACAAUCCUCUGCUUUUACCUUUCAUUACAGUUUGUUUGGAUAUUUUCCAUUUUAGAUGUGAAAUAUGUGUGGAUUCAGAAUAGAUUAACUUCACUCUUUUCCAAGGAUAAUAACAAGGAUGAACAUUUGUUUUCUUAUACAGAAGUUGACAGACCAUGCGGACUACAGCGAAUUCUGUUAAAAGCCCUUUAUAAAGAGUUUUGUUGCUUUAAAAAGCCUGAACGAAAAUUAACGUCUUACCUUUUUCUUAUAAUGGCUGUCAUUGGAUUUUAUCGCACAUAUUGUCUAUAUUCAGAGUUUCAAUGGAUGAUGGAAAUUGAUCGUGAUAUAGUUCGGGCGAAUGAACCUCUAAUCCAUUUAUUUUUGAAGAAUCAUCCUCAAAUUGGGAAAUAUCUUGAUAUUUGUUUCAGUAUAUUUCCUUUAUUACUUUUCAUAGUGUUCUCGCCACUUUAUUACAGAUCUUACAUAGAAAAGAAUGAGAAGUAUGAUGAGGAAGAAAGCGAUUUUAUUGCAAAACAUGUUUCUCGUUUUGGAAAAAUAAAAAGCCUUGGUAAUGAAAUGUGUUCGAGUGAACGUAAAAAGGUGUGCGUUUGGUAUAUGUUUCAAAUUCUAUUCCAUGUAUUGAUUUUUGUUUUUCCUUGUUUCUCCUUUAUGUCUCAGUGUCUUAUUGUCAAAUUAUUUAAAGAUGAUGCCGUGAAUAAAAAUGGAGAGGAAGGAGAUCCACGGAUUGCAGUUGAGCAAAAGAAUAAUGGAAAUGGUAAGGUUGAAAGUAAUAGGGAAAACAAUGUAAAUGCACAAAACGGAUAUCUAUCAUCUUUAAUAAUCACUUGUUGGUACAUUUGUCGCAUAUUUGUAUGCGUAUUUUUGUAUAUCAUCUCUUAUUUCUUAAUAAUUCGACCCUUGUUGUCAUCUAUAACAUUUUUACUUCGAAGUAUAGUAUAUAUAACAUUGUUUGCUCUACCGAUAAAACCCAGCUUAUUUAGAUAUGCUUUACUUAUUGUCACAGCAAUAUUUUACAUUUUAAAUUAUUAUGCGGAAAUCCUGAACUUAGAAAGAGAAAUCCUCCUUUACAUUUUAAAAAAGGGCAAGGGAAAUUGGCCUUCUAGAGAGGGUGGUACUAAUUUAGAAUACCUAACAGAGAGUGAGUACAAUGCCAUCUCUGAAAAACUGUUGUUUGUUAAGAAAAAAAUUUCUCUGUGUGUGUCGAAAGUCUUUGUAGUGAUUUUGGUUUGUAUUAUCCUUUUUCAAGUAUUUCUAGACAGCGGUAAUUCAGAAACAGUGGCACAAAUAAAAUACCACCUUGAGUUAGCCUUAUUUUUUAUGAGUCCAUAUGCAGUGACAGUUUGUGUCAAAGCAAAUAAAACAGAUUUUUUGAGUUUUGCAGAAAAAAAGGUAAUAGACAAAGCUAUCGAAGGACUCAUCAAGAAUCGUCAAGCAAAUAACAGUAUCGAACAACCAAGCAGACAAAAUUAAAAAAAAACUAUCAACCAAUCAUCAUUAGCAUUUUGAUAAUAACUUGAGCUUACGGUCUAAAUACGUAUACUCUUGAUCAGUCAAAAAACUAACUGGGUAUAAAACACAAAUAUACAACAAACCACUUUUGGGUUUUUUUUCCCCAGUUUUUGGAUAAUAUUUACUCAUUCACCUUACAACUCAAAAAAAAGGAGUUCCUUCAAACUAAAUGAAUUUAUACAAAAUACUGUAAAAUAAGUAAAAUUCGGAUAAAUAAUUUUCGUUGUAGUCAUUUUAUGAUUGGAGUUUCAUUUUUUGUCAAAGAACACGAUCAUAUUAUCAAAUUCUCAGGAAAUAAUGUUUCCUCAGAAUAAUAAAAUCUAACCCCAGUAAGCUCUCCUAAAUAAUUUAUUUUGCAUGAAGUCUUCCAUUCACAAUGGACUUAUAGUGAUUGAAUUGUUUCUUUUUAAGGUCUCUUAUAUCAAGACGAAAGACUUUAUAGUUAUUCUACUGUUUCUUUUUUUUCAAUUUUUUCCCCUUUUUCUUCUCGGAACGAAUUUCUUGGAAUGUUCAUGCAUUGUAGAGAUUUUGUUUGAAAGAUAUUGUCUACACAGGUGUCUGCACUAUUUAGGAUCAAUUAAAUUAAAUAGAUAUUUUAUUUGUUGAGGCACUGCCUAUGUCUGGAUACUGCAUGUAUGAGGUUUAUUUUAGUUAUUGAGGAUUGAAAUAAAAUGUUAUUAAAUAGAGAUUUUGUAUAUUCCCUAUAUACUUGGUUACUAAUUGCCCGUAAAAUUGGAUCAACUUAAGUCGGCAGUACAAUGACGAUUAGCUCCUCAAAUUUAGGUGUAUUAGUGACGAUUAAUCACCAGGGGGUUAAUGCUCUCCUCAUGGCUUUUCUUUAGCAUGAUAUAAACAUUUAGAGAAAAUACUUAAUUAAUUUUGUUACCGCGGUUAUGCAUGUCAUUUGUUACUACUGUUAUGGCUUUUGUUGCUGUGGGUACAGAAGUGAUAUUUAUUUUAUUUGACAUGAAUCGUUUUAGAUACAUGUCGCGAUAAUAUGUUUUGUUUAACUUAUGAUUUUGAGAAAGCGUGAUGAAUGUAUGAUACUUUUUAUAUUUUAUUUUUGUCUUUUGUUGUGUGACGGUUGUGUGCAAAAGAUAUACUAUCUUUUGUUUGUACAUAGUAUUUGGUGAGAAGUGCUGUAAUAUUGUUGUAUGAGUGUGAAUGUCUUUGUCUCUAUAUGUGUGUUGUAUUGUUGAUGAAUGAUGUUCAUGAGGUUUAAAAGAAGGGGACAGUGUAGUGUAUGUGACCCCCCCUCCUUUUUUUAAUUUUAUGUAAUGUAGUUAGGUUAAAUGACAUUCUAAUCCACAAUAGUGUUUUUUUUUUCAUUCUGAGUCAAUGACUAAUAUUUUACUAUAUAUGUAUUGGCUUGGGCGGGUUGAUUUCUCCUAUCAAAUAAAGUCAAUGUAUGUCUAAUUACAGAAAAAAUAUGAACAGGCAAUAAGUAUGUUCUCUAAAUGAUAGAAAUAAUGUUAUACAGUGCACAACGUUGAUGUUUUCAUGCUUAAGGACGUCAAGGUGUUGAGUGAUAAAGAAAUCAACAAAAGAAUAAGCUUUUUAUGCGCUAAAGUCAGAAACGAAUGGGGAGUAGACAAGACUACUGACCAUACUCCCUUGAAUUCAUAUAGUAUAGAAAAAAAACGAUGGAUGUGCUUCUGCAGAAAAAUUGGCAUAAGUAUUCAAAGUACUAGUGAGAAAUGAGAAGGAGGUAUUGAUUCUUGCCAGGAGAAGUGAUAUCCCUUCUGGUGUGUUGGUUCAAAUUAAUUUUUUAAUUAGAAUUCGGAGAUAUUUCCUAAACAUUUAAGUUUUGAUAUUCAUUGUGAGUUGGAAUAUUAUGCAUUUCAACAUUUAUUAGAUAAUUACAAAGCUUCAGUUUUUGUUUCAUUGACUUGGAAUAGAUUAUUUGAUUAUACAUUGUGAAACCUGCUAGAUUCAUUGUCUUCAAAUUAUUUGUUUGUGUUUACAUAUGUUGUGUUUUCUUAAUACACUAAGUUACCUGUAGCUAUCCAAUACGUUAUUGAAUACUGUCCAGUAUUUUUAAUAAUGGACCGAUUUUUAAACUUAUUGGACAGUUUCAGGUAACUUAUUGGACUGUUUUGGGCCUUGUAAGAAAUAGAAAAGUAUUAAAAGAACAAAAGAUGAUGUCAGACACAUGUACUAAUGUUUUAAUUAUAAAGCCAUAUUUACCUCCAAAACAGCCCGUAAUUGUUUUAUUAUGAAUCAGAAAAAAGAUAAGACAUUGAGGACUGAAAGACUGCUGAUAACUAAUAUCUGUUUAUAAUUUUCGUGAUUUCCUUUCGCCGAGAGAAAGACAUCGAAGUAUUGAGAAAAAUGAGGUCACAAUGCUGCUGCAUGUGCACUGACCCUUCACUGAAUAUGUCUUCAAAUCUAGUGAAUUUGUUGUGUUAUCAGCUUUCUUCGUUUUCAUAAGUUUUAGGGUCUAUUUGUAGACUGGGAUUUUAACUAUAUAAGAUAUUUAUAUCACAGUUUCAAUGUUGCUUUAUUUUAAUUUGUCAACAACUGAUGUAAUUAAUUUUGUUCUCCUCUUAAAACAACCAUAAUAUGCCCUCUAAAAAAAUUAGCUACUACCGAUAA